AUGGGCAACCCCCUCCUGGACAUCUCCGCUGUGGUGCCCACGGAGUUCCUCGACAAGUACGACCUCAAGCUCAACAACGCGGUCCUCGCGGAGGAAAAGCACGCGCCGAUGUACGACGACAUGGUCAAGAACUUCGACGUCGAGUACAUCGCGGGCGGCGCCACCCAGAACUCCAUCCGCGUCGCGCAGUGGAUGCUGGGCGCCCCCAAGUCCGCGGCGUACAUGGGCUGCGUCGGCAAGGAUGCCUUUGCCGACGAGAUGGUCAAGUGCUGCGAGGCGGAGGGCGUCCACGUCAACUACAUGGUCGACGAGGCCACCCCCACGGGCACCUGCGGCGUCCUCGUCAACGGCGGCGAGCGCUCCCUCUGCGCCGCCCUCAACGCCGCGAACAACUACAAGAUCGCGCACCUCGAGCGACCCGAGAACUGGAAGCUCGUGGAGGAUGCCAAGUUUUACUACUCCGCCGGCUUCUUCCUCACCGUCUCCCCGGACUCCAUGCUCAAGGUGGCCAAGCACGCCGCGGAGUCUGGUAAGACGUACACCAUGAACCUCUCCGCGCCCUUCCUCAUGGAGGUGCCCCCCUUCAAGUCCGCGAUGAUGGAGUGCAUGCCGUACGUCGACGUCCUAUUCGGCAACGAGUCCGAGGCGGCGACGUUCGCCAAGUCCGAGGGUUGGGACACGACGGACGUGAAGGAGAUCGCGUGCAAGGCGUCCGAGUUGCCCAAGGCGGAGGGCGCCAAGCCCGGUCGACUCGUGGUCUUCACCCAGGGCAUGGAUCCCACCAUCGUCGCCAAGGACGGCAAAGUCCUCGGCGAGUUCCCCGUCAUUCCCCUCGCGCCAGAGAAGCUCGUGGACACCAACGGCGCGGGCGACGCGUUCGUGGGCGGAUUCCUGUCGCAGUACGUCAAGGGCGCCGAGCUGGAGAAGUGCGUCAGGGCGGGCAACUACGGCGCCAACGCCAUCAUCCAGCAGUCCGGCUGCAAGUUCCCCCCCGUCUGCGACUUUGCCUAAGUAAGGAUGGAGAGAGAUUUGAUCGCCUUGUUUGCGCGCAACUAAUUUAUUUUCGCGGGGGGUGACGGACGCCCUCUCCCCCCACACGCCAUCAGCACACGACACGAUUCGUUUCCUAGACUUGUCAUCAAACGUAAGAGUAACGCGACU